AUGCAAUCGAUCGAGGUUUUUGGUAAGAACAAGACCGCUGUAGAUAACACCUUUUGCUGUCUUAACUCCAGAGAGGCUGUUGAUCGAGCUCGCUACGAAAAAGCUGGUAAUUCUUACUCCUUAUCAAUACGUACCUUGCUGCUAACAUCAUCAUACGUUUCACUAUCUAAAUUGUUGUCAUUCUUGUUUUCAAGAGUGAUUCCAAAUUUGAUUGAUUUGACUUGUAAGAUUAUUUAUCAACUCAAAGUUGGAAUCAACAAACAAAAUGGUUCUGGUGUUUAUGCAAUAGAUGUUCAUUUGAAUCAAGGAAAUAUACAUUUAGAGCCACAAAAUGAAGGACCGAUGCCUUUGAUAAAGACAGGAAGGAAUUCACUAAACAAUACACUAUAUUGGGGUACGUACAAACCUCAUCUCUACUUUGGUAUGAAAACGAGAAGCAAGCAACCAGUCAAUACCGGUCUAGUUUGGUCGACACCGAACGUCGAUAACCUGUUCGCUCGGUAUCUCUACCGCACACAGCAAGGUCGUGACGGUGUAGUGCGUUACGAGUGGAAGCGUCACGACGGCAAGAACUUUGGUGAGCAAGAGUUGGUCGAUCGUCCGGGCAACCUACUGCUGACAACCAGCUUCGUCAAGAAGGGUCACUCUUCACAGCCAGGUGGAGGUGACUGGACCGUGCGAUUGUCGGGACGCGCACUCAACCAAUCGUUGACCGCUCCCUACUUCUCGAUGAUGUACUACAUCCACGACGAAAGCAUAACAAAAACCUCACAGAACUCAUUGAAGCUCGACAACCUACCACCUUCAUCUGCAUCCGGAUUGGAAGGUGACAUUCACAUCAAUGGUGAACAUCCUGAAAUUGGAAAAUAUACCUUAUUAUUUAAUGAUGUUUCUUCAAGUGUAAAUCCAGAUGCAAAGUUUUUAAAGAAUCAACCAUCACUUUCGAAAUGGCACUUUUAUGGUAAAGCUAGAUUCGAUGACGAUAACUGGGAUAUGGUACCAAAUAUCUUUGACGAAACAACCAAACAACAUGUAUCCAGUUACUAUGGUGAGUGGCAUGAGUUUGCCAAGACCUCACGUUCAGUACCACCAUUCGUUCCAACAUUACCAAAUACAAUCAAUGAUCAAUCAAAUUUAGUUGUAAUUCAAAGAGUUAUGAAAGUACCAUUUGAAGUUGAAAUCACAUUUAUUUCACACAAUUCACAUGAUCAAGAUGAUCAAAACAACAACAACAACAACAAUCAACAUCAACAAUUAUCUAGUUCACAGGUUUCUAAAGUAGCCAAAGAGAUUACAGGUGAUGAAUUUGAUAAAUUAUUCGAAAAAUACGAUAAAUCAUUUUUAGAGAGAUUCGAUGUUAAAUUCCCAUUACCAAAGUACUAUAAAGAAGGAUAUAAAGGUUUCUCAAAGAUGGUACUUUCCAAUUUAUUAGGAGGUUUCGGUUAUUGGUAUGGCCGAACCAUCUCUGUUCAUCCUGACCAACCAAAUAGAUCAAUUAGAUUAGCACCUCAUGCAUUAUAUUCAGCAUCACCAUCAAGACCAGCAUUCCCAAGAGGAUUCUUAUGGGAUGAAGGAUUCCAUCAAAUGGUUGUUUCCAGUUGGGAUAUCGAGUUGACUAUCGAAACACUGGCACAUUGGUUCAAUUUGGUCGAUGAGAAUGGUUGGAUUCCAAGAGAACAGAUCCUAGGAAAAGAAGCACUCUCUAUGGUGCCGCCAGAGUUCCAGGUUCAAUCACCUAGAAUUGCAAAUCCACCAACUCUUCUCAUGUCUAUCAAUAAGCUGAUCGAUAUGGUUGAUACCUUCAAGAAGAGCGAAUCACCAGAGAAACACAAGGUAGAGAUUGAUUUGAUCAGCUCAUUCCUCGAGGAUGCCUAUCCAAGAAUCGUUAGAUUCUACAGCUUCUACUGGAAGACACAGCCAGCUCACAUUGAAAAUGCAUUCCGUUGGCGUGGACGUAAAGUAAACCACACUCUGGCAUCGGGACUCGAUGACUAUCCACGUGCAAACCCACCAUCCGUUUCUGAAGUUCACGUAGAUCUCUCAUCGUGGAUGGCAUUCGCUUCGAAAUCACUUGCAAAAAUAUCAAAAUUCCUUGGUAAAGAUGAUUCCCACUAUCUAAAGUCUUAUAAUGAUAUUACUAAAAUUAUUUUUGAUUUACAUUGGGAUAAUGAAAAUGGAGUUUAUCAAGAUAUAUUAUAUCAUAAUGAAAAGAAUAGCACACUUACAAAGACCGGUGGAUAUUUAAAUUAUUUCCCAUUGUUUUUGGGUUUGGAACCAGCAGGUUCCAGUAGAAUGCAAUCCUAUUUGAAUUCAUUGAAGGAUAUUAAGGGUGUUUGGGGUAGACAUGGUAUUCGAUCGAUGUCACUCAGAGACCCACUCUAUGGUACCAACGAAAACUACUGGCGUGGUCCAAUCUGGAUCAACAUUAACUACUUGAUCGCCUCACAACUAUGCAAGUACAGCAAGGAACACCCACAGACUCAAGAUUUUGCGAUGAUCUAUUUCACACUCAGACACAAUUUGGUUGAAAAUAUUUAUCAGGUUUACAAAGAAACCGGUUUCCUCUGGGAGCAAUACCACGGAAUCGAAGGAAAUGGUGAGAGAAAUCAUCCAUUCACCGGUUGGACAUCAUUAGUAUUAUUAUUAUUAACCGAACAAUAUUAA